CUGACCAUGACCAAAGGUAAACUCUCCUCCUUUAAAUGAAGCGGGAUAAGCAGUUAACGGGUUACAGUAACAGUAUCCUGCUGCUUCCAUAAAUCGGUUGGCUUGUUUUCCUGACUAUGAGAAGUUUCCUCACACGCUGACACGCUCGUAUUUCAUAAUUGACCUACUUUACUGUCCAGAGGAAAAACAAGAGUGUUAUAUAAGCUUGCAGAGGAAUCCGCUGCAGCAGGAACUUGCCCAGUGAGAGGUUUAUACCUGCACAGGUAUUAGCUUAUAAAUCUCACCUGCAGCGGUUAGCUCGGUGCUGUCCGUCAUGGCUGGAGCUGUGGAUUUCAAAGUGAUGUCCGCGGGGGUCCGGGGCAUGUUUUUCAUGCUCACACCGAACGAGUCAUCUUUUGAGACAGUGGAAGAAGUUCCUCACUAUGUGCAGCAGGCCACUCCUUUCUUCAUGGGGCUGAUGGUGCUGGAGCUGGUGGUGGGUUUUUUGAAGACAGGGACCCCAGCAAUUACCCUGGGUGAUGGACUUACCUCAGUAGCAGCUGGAAUGAUCUCCAGACUCCCUAUGUUGUUAGUCAGAGGCUGUGAGCUGACAGCAUACAUGUACGUGUGGGACAAAUACCGCUUGAUAGAGCUGCCCUGGGACUCUCCAUGGACCUGGUGGUUCAUGUUCCUGGGAGUGGACUUCUGCUACUACUGGGUCCAUCGUCUUGCUCAUGAGGUGUCCUUUAUCUGGGCUGCUCACCAGGUUCACCACAGUUCAGAGUACUACAACCUCACCACGGCCCUCAGACAGUCACUCACACAGCAGUUCACUUCCUGGAUUUUCUACGUGCCUCUGGCUCUGAUUGCUCCCCCCUCCAUCUUCCUUGUUCACAUCCAGUUAAACCUCCUGUACCAGUUCUGGAUCCACACAGAGCUAAUCAAAGAUCUCGGACCUCUGGAGUGGAUCUUCAACACCCCAAAACAUCACAGAGUUCAUCAUGGGAGGAACCUGUAUUGCAUUGACAAGAACUAUGGAGGAAUCCUGAUCAUUUGGGACCGACUGUUUGGCACCUUUGCUGAGGAGCAAGAAAAAGUGAUUUUCGGCCUGGUCUUCCCCAUCAACACCUUUGAAAUCCUCUACGUUCAGCUACACUACUACUUCCAUUUAUGGGAACGGUCACAAACUUACAAGACAAUCUCAGACAAAGUGAUGACUUUCUUCAAUGGUCCCAGUUGGAAACCUGGUAAAGGCCGACUAGGCGACCAUGACGACAAUCCUGUGGUCACUGGAAAGGAAGUUCCUCAUGAGCCCAACUGGUCGCUGCCUAUUCAAGUUUAUGUGGUCAUGCAUUUCCUGCUGGUGCUGUGGACUUAUCAUGAUCUGUUUGAAAACAAGAUGGUGCUGUCCCAGCUCAACAUCCUGGGAAUGGUUCUCUACAUCCUGCUCACUCUCACCUCUAUGGGCUUCCUCAUCGAUCAGAGGCCGACAGCUCCCCUGCUGGAGAUGUUUCGCUGUGCCAUCAUGGUGGCGAUGCAGAGGUACAACUGCUUGACUCACAUGCUGCCUUCACUUGAACGUCCCACAGAGGCCUUUGUCUCCCUCUCUCUGCUGUACUGGGGUCUGCAGAGCUUCUCUCAGCUGCUCAGUAUCAAGAGGAAAGCCGACUGAGUCCGCAUGACUGAUGAGCAGGAGGAAUUUCAUCUUUUAAGUCAUAAUUAUUGACAUAAUUCUAUAUUAACACAUUUUUAAUCAGUGUUUAACCUCAUCUGUAUGUGCCAUCCAUCACCUUCUGCUGUAUUUAAUGGAGAAGUGAAACAAAAGCUUCUGCAUGAGUCACUUUUACUUGAAUUUUACUGUUUAAAGCUGUUUAUAACUCUCGCUUCAUCAUGUACAUUAGCCAUAAAAAGCAAAGCUACCACAGUUUAAUCGUUCACUACAUAAACUUCUUUUUAAAAUGUCUCUGAUGCCGUUUUAACAAAGGUGCUACUGUGAUAAUUAACAUAAUAAUCAAUGAGCUUUUUUAUAUUUAACCUGAGCCACUGUGGAAUGCCUUAACUAUGCAACAUAUACCUCUUAUUAAGCAGAUUCUGCUCUCACUGAUAGGUGACCAUGUUAGUUCCGACUUGCACAACACUGUAUGGUACGUUGUUUUCUUCCUCUGGUUGUAAUAAAAGUCGUUCCUACCUUU